CGCUUCCCGAGAAGUGUCGUAGCGCCCAAGACCGAACGCUGUCACAGCCCGAGAAGAAGCGAUCCCAGAUCCGGCAGCGUCAACGACCUUUCGAGAAGAAGAAGCAGCCGGCGUCCCACAAUGUCCACCCUUCGUCGUCCGAGUCGCGCGGAUUCUCGCCGGCGUCUUUCGUUGAGCCGACUGCAGCUUAUCCGUCCUCCCAGACGUCGCCGCCGUCCGAGAUCUCGCUGAGCGGCUGCGAGACCGUGGACGUGUCUCCGCUGCGCACUCCGAGCACCAUAUCGCAAGAGAAGCUGGAAUUCAUGGCCGAAUCGAAACCGAACUGGCCCGGUCCGUCGCCGCUGCCUCACGGCAGCUACAGGCACGUGUGCCGCUUCGAGUGCGUCCACGCGCGUCACUACGGAGUGGUCUACGCCCGGCCCAAGAAUUGGAAAGGGGACAGGACCAACUAUGUCAACCUUCCACACGUUAUUGCCAUGGUGGGUCUUCCUGCCAGGGGCAAAACCUACAUUGCCAAGAAGCUGACUCGCUACCUCAACUGGAUUGGCAUCCAGACCAGAGUGUUCAAUGUUGGCGAAUAUCGGCGUCAAGCUACGGAGGCCUAUAAGAGCCAUGACUUCUUCAGAGCAGAUAAUGCUGAAGCCAUGGCCAUCCGCAGCAAGUGCGCCUUGGAUGCUCUCGAAGACAUGUGCAAAUGGUUGGAGUCGGAAGGCGAAGUGGCUGUGUACGAUGCAACCAACACAACCUAUGAAAGGCGCAAGCUCAUCUACAACGUCGUCUGUGAGCGGUUUGGCUUCAAGCUGUUCUUUGUGGAGUCCUACUGCGACGACCCCAAGAUUAUCGAAGCUAACAUUCGGGAAGUGAAGGUCAAUAGCCCGGACUACAGGGACAUGAAUAAGGAUGAUGCUCUCCUCGAUUUUGUGCACCGCAUUGAACACUACAAGGCCUGCUACCAGACUCUCGAUGAAGUGCAGGAAAAGCAGUACUCCUUCAUGAAGAUCUUCAACACGGGACAAAAGGUCGUCGUGCAUAGACAUGAAGGGCACAUCCAGAGUAGGGUGGUAUAUUACCUUAUGAACAUCCACAUCAUGCCAAGAUCCAUCUACUUGACCAGGCAUGGUGAAAGUGUCCUGAACCUACAGGGAAGGAUUGGUGGGGAUGCUGAUCUCUCCGAACGGGGACGGGAGUAUGCACUUGCAUUGGCCAAGUUCAUAAAAAAGCAGUCCAUUCCACGCCUCCGCGUCUGGACCAGCCAACUGAAGCGGACCAUACAGACUGCAGCAGGCAUCGAUGCCCCGCAAGAACGGUGGAAGGCUCUGAAUGAAAUUGAUGCCGGAAUAUGUGAGGAAAUGACGUACGAGGAGAUUCAAGAGAAGUACCCGGAAGAGUUUGCUGCCAGAGAUCAGGACAAGUUCCAUUACCGGUACCCACGGGGAGAGUCUUACGAAGACCUGGUAGCUAGGUUGGAGCCAGUCAUCAUGGAAUUGGAGCGGCAAGAGAAUGUCCUUGUGGUUGCGCACCAAGCGGUCCUGCGUUGUCUCCUUGCCUAUUUCCUUGACAAGAACUCUGAGGAACUCCCCUACCUGAGAGUGCCAUUACACAGCAUCAUCAAGCUGACACCCAUGGCAUACGGCUGCGAGAUGAAAAAGUUCAGCGUGCCUAUAGCUGCAGUGGACACACACCGCGCCAAGCCCAGCGUAAGUACUGACAGCGCAAACACCGACACCGUUGACACCCUCGGCCUGCAGGAAAUUGAGAUCACCGAGGAUCUGCUAGCGCAGCACGACACCUUUGUGCAGGGUUGAACGUCUCCCGUAACGACUGGUCUCUGCAGCCCAACUCACAGAAGCCAGAUCAGCCCUUAUUUGAAUGCCAUUGGUUUGUACUGCUCAGAUCUCAACUGGUAGCUCUUAACUGGAGAUCUGGAGCUGCUUUGUCUGUAUUCUUGUGGGCAUUAGACAGCUUAAAGUUAUUGCAGGCAAGUUGCCAAAGAAGGCUAAAUGUAAACUGUGCUCCACUUUGUUUUCAUAAAUUUUUGUCAAGAUUAGCAUUUCCUCAGUAAUGUUGCUCUAAUGGAUUAAUUAACAGAAGCAGCCUAUCUAUUCCCUCGAAGUCCUGAAAAAGAACGCGAAGUUGCACCGGCGACAUCACAAAGUAUGCAGCCAUUUGUAAUAUCUCAAUAAAGCCUAGUAGGUCAGAAAGCAAGAACACUACGAAUGUGUCAAUUCUAUCUUGCGAGGUACCUUGAAAAGCUUAGUUCUGAACGUUGAACGUGUGGUGCUUCUAUUCAAGUUUUAUGCUGCUUUUUUGCAUUUUGACUACUUUUUUAGCUGUCUUUUAUUUCACCCUUGGGAGAGGGGAAUGAUAGAUCUAAUAUCAACGGUAAGUUGAGGUUCUGUUGGGUUUGGUUUACAGCAGUUGGGCUGCAGAGACCAGGGAGACUUUGUAUUUGUGUUUAGUUACUUUGGCAAGGCAAGGCCCACUAGUGGUCUUCAAUUGCAGUUAUUUUUCAUUUUUGGGAUGGCUAGGCAACUGGAUGCUCUCGGCACCAUAUACAUUGCCCAUGGAUUUGCUGUGAACCACCGUUAAACAGGGUAUUAUUGUUCACAAAGUCCCUUAGCUAUUAGUUACAUCGCAUUUAUUUAGCCAGCAGUGUAUUGCUCGGGAACUGAACAUGACAAACUCCCUUUCACGAACACCAGUUUUAAGAAAGUGGUUUAUGGUGAUUUGCCUUAUUCAUUCGUAUCGCUUGUGUACUACGCAGAUAUACAUGCCGCAAUGCACGUAACGUACGGCACAUCUGAAAUCGGUGGCAGUGAACUCUUUGAGGUUAUUUUGCCGCUGUUAGCAUCAUCCAAGGUUUUCGUGGUGAAUUGUGCCACCUUGGCAAAUUACUACAGAUCAUUGUGCAGGCAACCCAGUGCCACAAAAGCAUGAAUUUGUUUAAAGCCAUUGCCUAUGUACUUAGUGUAAAGGCAGGAAUAGUCAAAACAGUAUUUUUCUUUUGCUGAGACAUGUGCAUAUAUUGUGCAAAUGUUAUUUUUUGUCACGGAGGCUGCAUAAUCUGUCUUGGCAGAAAGAAUACCUUGUGUGAAUAUUCCUGCAUUCUUCGUGGAUAUUAACCUGUGUGUUCAUUUUUAUUCUGGGACGAGUUUUUUUUUAGCUGUUUAUAGCAUGUUUGCCUUGUUAGGUAACAAUGUUAAAAGUCAGUUUAGGGCCUUGCCUUGUUGCUUACUACAAUUUAGUUUUGCUACGUAUGUUAUGAAAUAAAGAAGUGGUGAAAAUAUUUCUCUAUAAAAACAUGAAAUUCUUUAAAAGAGAUGUAGCGUGUAAACCACAGAGGAUUAGGAGAUCCCGAGUAUGUUACGAUUUUUCUCAGUUUUAUAAGUAUAAUGGCAGGUUAUAUUCUGCUGCUCGAUAUAUACUCCUAGGUGGUAGUUUUGUUGUACCUGACAAAUUUCGCAGGCAGGCAUGCCUGUCUGCGAAAUGCCUAACCUGGCUGCCAGAGGCAAAAGGAAAGCAUUUAGUUUACAAUGUUUUCCUGAUGUAUUUUUCACUUGAACAAGAACUGAGGAACAAGAACUGAGGUUGUUCAGAUACGGUCUCCCUGUGCAAAAAUGCUAGCACGUACCUUUUUGCCGUAUUGUCAUCAUUGAAAGUUUUAAAAUAGCCUACAGCUCAAACUUCUACAUUUUUGCUAAAUGAACGAAGUGAACUGUGAGGUUCUAUUAUUAAUUGACUAGUAUGGCCCUAUGCAGCUGACGAACAGUGAUACCACAGAAAUUGCUAAGGGAACGAUUUUAGUUUGAAUUUAUGGUCUAGUGAUUCUUAUGGCAUUUAAAUUCAUGCUUUUGAUUGUUUUAUUGAGGUGAUUAGAGAUUUAACGCUUUUCAGACUUUUGGGGUAGUGCAAGGGUUGGGCUAAAUUCUCCAGGAUUACUGCACACAGCUUGUUCCUAGCUAUGUUUCUAUAGCUAACAUUCAUGCAGUUCACAUAGCUAAUAAGGAAGUUCUUUGACAAUGCCUUUAAUAUUGACAAGUGCAGGAAUCGUUUGUAAGACAGGAAACAGAAGCUAGCUGACAGAUAAUAUUAUCACAUUGCAUUUUUCUUCAUGACAGCAAUUUUAGUCAUCAGAUAUACUGGUAUUAAGUCUAGUGACUCUGCUUGUCACCAGUAUUAAAAAAAAAAGUGUUAACGUGCCAGAUAAGUACGCUUAUAAUUUUUGCCUUUAAUCUCCAAAGUGGUUCAAUUCAACCAUGUACACUUCCUCUAUGCUUUCUUCGAUGUCACUGUCUGUUGGUUUAUGAGGUGUUUUAGUGACUAUUGCUCUGGUUGAUGUUUGAAGCAUUGCAAUCUUGUUUUGCGACACUUUGUUGUCACCUCUGGAGUGCUCACGAAGACUCUCUAAACACAUUAAUAAGUUGAUCUACUUAGACCCACUUAGCUGGGAAGCACACUUUCAAUUGUUGCAUUGCUCUGUGAGCCUUAGCCCCAUCUUAGCCCCAAAGUAGCCUGAACAUGUUACUUGUUCCUACAGCUGCAAAGUGUUCUAGGAAAGUUUGGUAUCUUACAAAAGAUGUUUCCUGUUGUGGCACUUGGUAGUUCUGAGUGAGACACUCAAGCAUUUACACUGGCUGAGAUACUAAUUAGCAUGUAGACCGUCCCCCUGCAGCAUUCAUAUAUGUCCAGCUACAUUUUUUUUUCAACCAAGUGUAAUGUGAGCGAAUGGGGCAAUCGUACCUGUGAACAUACCCAUACUCAACUUUCGAGUGUUCACAUUGCCGUAUCUUUCAGUAGAUAAGCCGUGCCGCUCGCCAUUCUACAACUUUAAAAGCACCGAUAUAUCCAUAUUACGUAUUUGUUAGCCUGAUGCACUUGCUAGGAGUGCAUGCGAAGUCCUCCUAGCUUUAAAGAGGACACUGUGUAAUAUGGCUGCCUAGAAUGUACAACUUUGAUUGAGAUCCAAGAAAAGCACUGUUCCUUCUAGGUGCAUUGUAGCUUAGGUUGUUCCUAACUUUUUUACGUGACUGGUGACACCAGUUCCGAGAGUAUCACGAGUCAUUGCAUGGAGGCUUCUUCCAAGCUUGCCAAGGUCGUAGUAUCACUUAGAUUUCAGCUCCAUUGUCAUUUCGGGCGGCUUAUUUACAGGAAUAUACGGUAAGUAUAAUAUCAUAGUACUCUUACUUACGGGCAUGUUCUUAGUUGUUUAGUUUCAUUUUUUUUAAUGUAUAUUUUAUUAAUUGUGCUAUAUUGUUUUUUGCCCUUCUUUGUUGCAUUUACUUAGCAUUGUAAGCAUGUUUUGAAACUGCUUUUCUUUAACAUAGUUGCUUGUAUUUCAUGAUCGUAUAACUUGCCCUUUUCAUGCUUAUGUAGAGUGUUCCUUUGCACAUCUUAUACAAUUUAAAACAGCAUUUAUGCCUGAGGAUCAGUGCGAGCAUUCAAGUUCACUUCUUACUUUGACUUGAUAAAAAAGAGCUCAUCAAAAAACUUUCGAAUAAAGAAGUACUGCCUUUACCCCGAAUGCAGCAACAACCGUAAGGCAAAUAAAGUUUUAUUACUCGGCUCUACAUUAGACAAACAUCCGCUUAACCAUUAACUACAUUGUUGAAAAAUACUCAGAAGAUCAUGGUUGUGCCAUAAAUUUGCAUCAAAGCAUCAUUGUUGUCCAAUGAUGGCAGUACAGCAGCUCAGAAUUUGUGCCAUAACUGUUGCAUGCAAUAUGAUAAUCAAAAUGCAUUGUUUUCAUUAUAUGUGCAGUCAAGUGUGUAUUAUUGACAAGAACACAAAAUAAUUACCAUUAUAUCAGGCCAUCUGUGGUUAAUCAGCCUGCCCGUCUUUGAUGGCCCUCUGCAAGUAGUGUGUUUGCGUGGAUUUCUGAGUAUGUAAAUUUCAGCAAACUUGGUGAUCGGCAUUAAGUUAUACACAGCAUUCCAAUCAUCCAUAUAUAAGUGCAUGAAAUGUUGCCCUAAUGUAAGGAUUUUACAUAAGAACAAACAAUAUUUGGGAGACAAUUUUGUCCCAUGUCGUCAAGUCAUCGCUCAAAUUUUGACUCAAACACAUAACUCAUCAUAUCAUGCUUGAAGUCUCAUGUCCUCAAAUCUGGCUUUUGUACUUAACGGUUAUUGCAUGCCAUGAUUAAGCUUACUGCAUGAAUAACCUCCAUUUCAGCUUUGCCAUUUCCGUGUAACAAAUGUGGUACAAUUGUGCUGCGCAUUCUGUAGUAUUUCAUAAAUAAAAAUCAACCUGGAAAUGUUUUCGAAAAAAAAAAUGUUAUAUAGAGGAGACAAUUUGUCAUUGAGUAUGGUCAGUCGAUAAAGGCAGGUAGCGGUUAAAAUUCUUGAAAUACUAGGAAACUCAUAGAAGCAUGUCUUAAUGUAGGUAUAUUCUCUGGGAUGUGGCAUUUAUUAGACCGCAAAGGAAUGUUUAUUCUCUUGAAAUUUACUCCUUAAUUUCCAAAGGAAUAUAGAACCUGAAGGCUCGUAUAAAGUCAUUUAGCUGUUUAAAGCAUUGAGCUAUAGAAAAUCGCCAUCAUGAUGUUUCUUGCAAAAGAACUGUUUAAGGCAAUAUACAAAAAUUGUGAAAGUUCACUAACUAUUAUAUAGAUUUAUUAAAAUAAUUGUUUCAUUUGUCUUUGGGCAUCCUUCAAUCUGAUAGUCCUUAAAAAUGCAUUAUUUGUAUCUUACAAGAGUGAAAUUAGAAAUCUAGUGUAUCGAAUGGCAAAGCUGAUAUGCAUGUGCACUAAAAAUGACUUGCUUCUGGUUUUCAUUUCAUGGUCAGUUUAUUGCAUUUUGUCAGCAUGUUAGUAGAACUUGUAUUUAUAGGGUAAACUCAAUGCAACUGCUUGUUGUAGCUGGGACAGUUACCCCAUGCAGAGCCCCUAGGACACCUUCUUUCAGUGCUUGCAUCAGUGGCCAGCAUUGUAGAAUGUCUUUCCAUGAUCCUCUUAAGCACUGACAUUUGCGUUUGUGAUACCAGGAUUUUAUGACCUUACUCAAAGUAGAUGUUUUGUAGACAUUCCUUGCCAUUGUGAAUGACUUGAUGUGAGCCCUAUUCCUUUCGAUAUCAUUUAUUGUUAUGAAGGAAGCAUGCAAUGGAACAUUGUACCCUUCUAUUUUUGGCAUUGUCUGUGUACCUUCCAGUUCUAGUGCAGUGCAAUAUUAGCCAAUUGAACUGUAUGCUCAAUUCAAUGUCAGUAGCUGCAUUCCUGCAGUUACCUGCAGUUCUGUGAUGCUAGCAACUCGUCAGUUUUGUUAAUAAAAGGAAAAUUUUGUUCA